AUGAUUGACCGCAAUUCUGAUUCGACUUUCGAGUGGUUCGGUCUGUUGGAGGAAACCAGCGACGCACAUUGUGACGCCAUGAAGAUAAGUGUUUGUUUUAUCUUGUUUUGUGUUGCACUAUAUGCAGAAGCAACUAACGAAGGUCUUGAAAAGACUUCUACCGUUGAUCCUGUAACAAAUGGAAUAACAAGUCAAGGGCUGGCUACGUUGCUCGCAAAGCUACAAAUCAUGGAAGAUAAGCUGCUGGAACUCCAGAACGAAUUGCAGGAACAACGGUCUAGCCAAGCAAAGAUCGCCAGUGCUCUUCAAAAGCUCGAGUUGGACGUCGGGCACAAUUUGACGGUGCUCCAGGACCGAUCGUUGCAAAUUCUUUCCAAGGAGACGGUAUGUGUCGUGCCAAAGAUUGAGCAACCUUCUUUUCCAUCGUGCCAGCAAGUACCGUCGAAAGUUUCGGGAACAUAUCAAAUUCGCAUAAACAGUGGAAGUGAUGCAUUCAAGGUGUUUUGUGAACAAGAGCAGUUCGAUGGUGGGUGGCUUGUGGUGCAGCAUCGGUUCGACGGAUCGGUUGACUUCUAUCGUAAUUGGACUGAAUAUCGAGACGGUUUCGGGGAUGUAGAGAAGGAAUUCUGGAUUGGGCUAGAGCGGCUGUACCAGCUUACGUCGACACGUCCGUAUGAAUUGCUGGUUGAAAUGAAGGACUUCAGUGGCAACUACGGGUAUGCUCGUUACGACGAAUUCGAGAUUAGCAGCGAAAGUGAACAAUACAGCCUGAAAACUCUUGGAGCUUACAGUGGAACUGCCGGUGACUCCAUGGCAUAUAACAGGCUGAUGAAGUUCUCGACCAAAGACCGAGAUAACGAUGUCGUUGAUGAGCACUGUGCGGAGAAAUAUGAGGGCGCUUGGUGGCACAUGAAUUGUUACGAUGCGAGCUUAAAUGGACCGUACGUGAAUGUAGACAAUCCCAAAUCAAUAUUUUGGUACCUAUUCCAACGCAACUAUCAAGGAAUGAGCUUCACCAGAAUGAUGAUUCGUCCGCUUGGAAAAGCGUAG